UUUCCGUGAGAUCGAGAAAACGAACAGUCAGUGUUCGGCGGUGAUGGCCGCUGGUGUGCGGUCGCCUCAUCGCGCCUGAAGCCGCAAGACACCACACAGGAUAGAGAAGCCAUGUCCGACACCAACAUCGUCCACGAAUGGCUACGGGCCAUGCACCUGGACCAAUAUUCUGACAGUUUCAUCGACAACGGAUACGACGACCUCGAAAUAUGUAAACAAAUUGGUGAUCCUGACCUGGACGCCAUCGGAGUGGACAACACGGUGCACCGGGAGAUCAUCCGGCGGGCAGUCCGCCGUCUGGUCCAGGAGGGGGGCACCGCUGUAUAUUUUACCUUAGAGGAACAGCAACACAACCAACACCUGUCGCAAUUCAACAGUAGCUCAGACGAUUAUGAAAAUUGUGGUGGAUUCGCCGUCGCUUCGUGCUCGUCGUCACCUGUUCCGGCACGUCCGGCCUUCAUCCGGCACCAGUCCGUGCCAUCCAACGUGCGAGGAAACAGCAAGUCCAGCUAUCGGCAUCAUGGGAACCAUAUUACACCGGCGGAUUCGGCAUCUUUAGACUCCCUGACGGGUUGCAUGCCAAGGAUGUGCGGUGGUGACCACUGGACGUACGACGACAACUCACCUGUCAUGCAGAGGACGACCCUUCGAUAUCUGAGGGAGGACGAAAAAGUGAUCCACGCGUGUGAGCAGAAAAAAUCGGUGGCUGCAUCCCUGCCCAGAAGACUGGACAAGGAAGGUGUGAGUAAGGGCAGACGGACAACAAAGCAGCCGGACAGUGAAAAGUCAAGCAGUAGACGGAUACUGGCAUCGGACAGCGAAGAGGAGGGCAUUCAUGUGUCUCCUCGACUGUUGUGUGGACGGAGGUAUGUGGACGAGUACGAGGAAGGGAAGGCGGAGUUGGGACGUUAUCCUAAGAUGCAGCUCAAAAACUUGGUGAAGGAAAAGCUCAUCAGGGAUGGUAUACGACUCAGCGCACAGCCCUACACGAAUCCGGAUGGCAGCCGCGGAGACAUGGAGAGCUUGGCCAUGAGGUACGCCGAUGAGCUUCGAACCCACUACAAAGACGUCCUCGCCAGGUUAGAAGACAUCCGGAAGAGGAGAGUUGCCAUAGACUUCCCCCCACUUCCGCCUCAAAGUGAUAGUCUAACAUUAAAAACAAAUAGGAGCUUCAAGCCAGGAAAAUAUUCGCCGUCCAGUUGUUUGAGUGACCACGAGGAAGAGAGCAUCUAUUGUUUGUAUGAAGUUCCACCGAGCAUUGCUGCUGAAACCCCGUCCUCCAAUGGUGAUCCUCUUAGGACAGCCAAACCCAGAUGCCUCAGUCCCAGAUCGAGGUAUUUCUAUGAACCCUGUCCUUUUCCUGCAGAUUCCAAUUCCUCUGAAACGUCAUCUGAGCAAAACAAGAAGCGGGGUCCCUUGGGUCGCCUCUUCCGCAGUCUGGGUCCCAAGAAAGACAGGGAAAAGGCCUCCCCUCGCCACAAGUGUGCCAAACCACAGCACCAGCACCAACUCAACGUUAAAUACCUAGCGGAAGGUUCUCGACUACAAAUUGGCGAUGGCAUUGGAAACGAGGACGAUCAGGUACGGUUACUUCUACAAUUGGUCAAAGAUGGGUUUCUUUCUAUGGAGGACGCCAUGGAUAGGAUUCAACCUAGAGAAACAGAAAAACACAAUGAUAUCACCGUUCAUGAAAGAAUUGAGGAAAGAAGUCUAAACUCCAAAACCAUACUUUUGAGAAACAAAAUGGAUUGCCCCAACCACCUGGAACCUUGAGAAACCACACAAAGAGGAUUGCAGACACACUGAAAUCCUUCCCGUCAUGCCCCAAUGCACGGCCAGAGAGAAUAAAACAAUUCCUAUCACCCACACUUAAACGACAAAAUAAACAAACAAACGUGGUUCUUGUUGGUUCUUCUAACUCUUGAAAAAAAAAGAGACUUCAAGACACAAGAAAAUGCAUUGCUACAAAUGUUUUUGGUUCUGUAUUGAGGUAAACAUCAUACUUUUCGAAAAGCAAUAAAAAACAUACCUAACUUUUGCAUAAAUCCAUCAUUUGAGGUUUUUGAUGUAGUCAGCAAAACAAGGAGACAAAUCGUUUUCAUGAGUGAAUAUAAAAUCAAAGCCAAGAUUUUUAUUGCUUGAAUUCAGACAAGAUUUGUUCUUGAAAGUUUCUUGUUCUAACACUUCAGCUAGCUUCCGAUAUUGUGUUACUGUUUGCAUCGUUCCUUUCCUAUUUCCGGAACCAUCUAUAAUUGAUUUUGGAUUUUGACUGUGAUUUUGCUUUGUACUGAAGGAAUACAGUGUGAAAAUUUUCGGCACAGUUAUAUAUUUGUGAAAUAAUUGCUGGAGCAUCUAAUUACUGCUAACAUCUAAUUUUGUAAGUCAUAAAAAUAGAGACUUGUCAGCUUUGAUACAAUAUGACUUAAAUAAGGUUUCACAAAACUGAGCUCUGUCGCACUUUGUCUAAAUAUUUCAUGAGUCAAACAUGAACAAGGUGGGCCAGAGGUCGCGCUAAUGUUUAAACUGUCAACCAUUUUAGUACAUUUUUUAAAAACAUUUUAGCUUGAUUUUUGACAAAAUAAACAAAGGGUUUUUUUCUUUUCAAAUGAACCAUGAACGUGGUCUUUGUUUUCUGCUGAACUAACAGUUACCCUCUUGAUAACAGACUCAAGUGUUUUGCUCAAAUGUGUAAAUAAAAAGAAUUUCCCUUUGGUUUUCACUAUAGAAGCAUUUAGAAUUUUGAUGUAAAUUUUUCGUCAAAACCUAAAACCUAAAUUUUUUUAACUUAAUGUAAAACAGAAUUGUAAAUAUAUUUUAUUGAAAGUUUAAAUGAUAUCGCGACUUAUGGUUCACCUGAGUAAACAACUAGGCACUGAUAUCCGAAAUGAUACAUUUUUUGAUGGUUUUUUUUUCCUUUUAUUUCACAGUUUUAUUUAUUUGCUUGAUUUUAUUAAAGUGAUAAUUUGGUGCAAGCGCAAAUUUUUUAUAAAAAUAAAACAAAAAUAAUGAUUUAUUGCUAUUUUAAUUUGUGAACUUCAUAAAAUGUUAUGAAUAAAAGAUGAUGUUUUCCUUUGUCACAAUCAGUAUAACCCGGAAACUAUACAUGUAUGCAAGUAUGACGUUGUGAUACAAGAAUGACAAGAUAUUAUUCAGUGUUUUUGUUAUAUUUUAUUUCAUAAAGUUAUGAUUUCUUUUUGUUUUGUAUAACCACUGAGGAUUUAUUAUGUUUGCUUUUUACAUGAAGAGCAUAAAAAUGAAAUGACAGAUAGCUAAGUUAUAUUGAUAAUUUUUUGGCAGAUUUUUAUUAAUUGUAUAUCUAAAGCUGUAUUUUUUAAAAUUUGAAUCGUAAUAGACUUUUAUAUUAAUUAUUUUGAUGGUUUUCAAAUAUCAAUAAAUUGUAUUUUAAUAUAAAAAAUACAAUCCCCAUAUUUAUGAUGGAUAUGGUAUAUAAAUUUCUCAUUACAAUGCUCAACUUAAAACUCGUUUUUUACAUUUUUAGUUAUUAAGAAAUUUUAUUUAGUCAUUAAUUUAGUCAUAAUUUUUCUUAGAAAUUAGAAAUUUAAUAUAUUUAAUACUCAUAAUUUAUUAAAAAUUAUAUUUAGCCUUUAUAAGUUAACCGUAUAUUUUUUCAAUUCGUUGCAUAUUAUACUUUUCUGAUAAAAUAAAACGAAGUUAAAGGCAUUAUUCCAAGUUUUGUUAUAAACUGUUUUGGAGAAUGAUUCAUGUAUCGAUGAAUCCACAAUCGAUUAUGAAUUAAGAAUCGUUCAUCUUCAUCGAGGCUGUCUCCUACCCGGCCCCCUGUAGAAAUUCUUCCCGUUGUUGGAGCCUUGUGAUUUUUUAGAGAGCUUUAUUCGUGCGUGUGUGCUUGCAAUCAUUAGAGGUCAGUUGAAGAGAGAUCAGCUGUGCCGUUUUUGUAAAGGACACCUUUUGUAUCGAUAUUCUCUUAAAUCAAAACCAGACUGCACGUCGAAAUGACGUAAACGUGUAUUAUGCAAUAACUUGUUAAAAAGACUUCAAAUGUUUUCUGUCAAGUGCGAACAUGCUUGUUUCGCUGCUUGUACUUUUCUAGUUAAAGAAAUAAAGCUUAUUACGAUUGAAAAAAU